GUAAAGCUGCUUUACAGCCCUACACGGAGCUUUGCGACAGCAGCUCAGUUUACGGCACACGUGUGUAUAGUCCGGUUUCUCUACGGUGGUGUUUGACUCCUGCAGCAUGGCGAAAACGACUUUAAAGAAGAAAAUCAGCAAAAAGAAAGUGAAGAAAGUGAAGAAGAGCUCCGAGGUAAUGGAGGACAGCACAGAGGUGAGCACUGAGGUGGUUUACGAUGAAGAAGAGGAUGAAGAUGUGAAUAAAGCAGAUGAAAACAUCAGCAGUGGGGAAGAGGAGGACGGAGAGGAUGAUCGCAGACACCAGAAGCUGCUGGAGGCCAUCAACUCUCUGGGGGCCAAGAGGAAGAGGACUCUGGGGGAGAGGUCCGAGGCCGCCGUGCAGAUGUCUGAGUACGGGGUAAACGCUGAGGGGGAGGGGGACAAGGUGGACCUGUCAGACCUGAUCGGGACCCUGGAAAAGACCCCUGCUGUGUCAGCCAAGACCAAGAAGCAGCUGAAGGGUCUGCAAAAGAGUCAGAGGACCAUAGAGUGCCCGCUCAGUAAGCAGGAGAGCGACAGGAUCCACAGAGACGUAAGCUUCCAGAAGGCGGCCUCAGAGGUGACCCGCUGGAAGGGCAUCAUCCAGCAGAACCAGAGAGCCGAGCAGCUGGUCUUCCCCCUGAACCAGGAGCCAUCCGGACCCAAACCCAUGGAGCGGGUAGUGCUGGGCUGGAAGGCGAGGACCCCCCUGGAGGAGGAGAUCUUUGCACUCCUGCACGCCAACAAGCAGCCUAUCCACGAUCCGGUCCUGACCCCAGCGGAGGAGGCGUCGAUGAGGGCCAUGAGUCUGGAGGAGGCCAAGAUCCGGCGUGCGGAGCUGCAGAAGUCCCGAGCACUGCAGUCCUACUACGAGUCCCGGGCGCGCAGAGAGAGGAAGAUCAAGAGCAAGAAGUACCACAAGGUCCAGAACAAAGCCAAGCGCAAGGACUUCCUGAAGCAGUUUGAUGAGAUGGUGAAGUCCGACCCGGCAGCUGCGCUGGAGGAGCUGAACCGAAUGGAGCUGGCCCGCAUGCAGGAGAGGAUGAGCCUGAAGCACCAGAACAGCGGCAAGUGGGCCAAGUCCAAGGCCAUCAUGGCCAAGUACGACGAGGGUGCCCGCAAGGCCAUGCAGCAGCAGCUGGAGGUGAACAAGGACCUCACGCAGAAACUGCAGACCACGCUGGACAAAGAGGAAGAGGAGGAGGAGGAGGAGGAAGAGCAGGAGGUGCUGCCAGACUUUGUGAACGAUGCAGAGAGAGGAGGGGUGGACUCUUCGAACCCCUGGAUGAGAGGGACGCUGACAGAGGAGCCGAUGGAGAAGGAGGAGGAGGAACUGACAGCAGCAAAGGAGGAGGAGCCUGCAGCUGAGGAAGAGGAGGAGGAGGUGAAGGAGACGGAGGAGGAAACCCUGCUCAGAGAGUUUGACAGGAAGAGGAAGCAGCGUCAAGCCGAGGAGACGGAGACGAUAACUGUGAUGGAUGAUGAGGAAGAGGAGGAGGAGAAAGUUGCAGUAGAGGAGAAAGAGGAGGAGGAGAAAGCUGCAGCAGAGGAGGAAAAGGUGGAGGAGGAGAAAGAAGAGGAAAAGGAGGAGGUGAAAGCUGCAGCAGAGGAGGAGGAGGGGGAAGAGGAAGAGGAGGAGCAGCUCUCAGAGUUCACAAACCUUUACAGAGAGAUAUCAGAAAAGAGAAGGGAGGCGGAGAGGCCAGACACCACUGAAGAAAACCCCUCCGCUCACCUGGACGAGGGUCUGACGAGGAUUAGGACUCUGGAGGACGCAGAUGAGUUGCUCACCCAGGAGGAGUCUGCCACACCUGAGCAGACGCCGGCUGCAGAGAGCACGCUGCCCGCUGCACAGAGCACGCCGCCUGCGAGACAGAAAGCAGGGAAACUGAAGAAGAGGAAGCGAGGGAUCGAGCUGAAAGAAGUCCUCACUAAAGACACCAAAGUGGUCCAGGUCCCGCUGGCUCGAACCAUCGAGGACGCUGAGGACAUGGACGAGGAGCUGGAUCAGAGAGGACUCAUCAAAGAGGCCUUCGCCGGGGACGACGUGGUCUCAGACUUCCUGAAGGACAAGAGGAAGCAGGAGAACGCCGGGAAGCCGAAGGUAGUGGACCUGACGCUGCCCGGCUGGGGGGAGUGGGGCGGGACCGGCCUGUUUCCAUCACGCAAGAAACGUAGGAGAUUCAGGAUCAAGCAGGCCCCGCCUCCUCCUCGCAGAGACCAGAGCCUUCCCAGCGUCAUCAUCUCGGAGCGGAGGAACAGCUCCAUCACGCUGCACCAGGUCAACACGCUGCCCUUCCCCUUCCAGACCCACGCUCAGUUCGAGAGCACCAUCCGGACUCCGCUGGGCCGCACCUGGAACACGGAGCAGACCGUGAGGAAGAUCAGCAAGCCAAAGGUGGUGACUCAGCUGGGCGCCAUCAUCGAGCCGAUGGGGAAGGAGGAGCUGAUGAAGGACAAGAAGGAGACGAGUGCUGCGAGUAAGAAUGUGGAGGAGACAGAGAGGAGGAGACAGAAGAGAGGACGCAGAGAGCGCAACGAGUAAAGACGAUAAGACUGUCCGAUGACUUUCUGAUGUUUGAUGUUAAAUCUGUUUCAUGGACACUCAGAUUAUUUGUAAUAAAUUCACACUAAGAGUUAAAUCUAUCAACAUGUAAGAGCAGUUUAAAGAAGCAGUGAGUUUCAGAGACUUUGGUCAGCGUUGCAUCAACAAAGUGUGUGUGGUUACCUUUCUGUGAAGAUUAUUCUAGUUGUUGUUUCUGUGUUGAAUCACUCUGCAGAUUAAAAACGUGUUUCUCUACGAGCUGAAUA